AGAAACCUUGCUGGGAGAUGGGCAAUUGCCUUCACUCCCUCCCUUUCUUGGGAACACGAUUUGUGGCUGGCCGAGAUGCCUGGGAUGAAGAGAACCAUGAGCAGUGAAUGUUUGCUACCUUAUUACACUGCCCACAGUUACCGAUCCAUGGGCGUGUUCAACACCUCCAUGGGAAACCUACAACGACAGCUGUACAAGGGAGGAGAGUAUGAUAUUUUCAAGUAUGCACCAAUGUUUGAGAGCGACUUUAUCCAGAUUAGCAAAAGAGGAGAGGUGAUUGAUGUUCACAACCGCGUCCGAAUGGUGACUGUGUGCAUCGCAUCUACCAGCCCGGUCCUUCCACUGCCCGAUGUCAUGUUGCUGGCCCGACCAGCUAAAGUCUGUGAAGAACAUGCCAGACGAGCCCGAUUCAUCAAGGGGAAAGGUUGCAAGCCUUCAAAGACUUUAGAGCUCACCAGGCUGCUUCCUUUGAAGUUUGUCAAGAUCUCUGUUCACGAUCACGAGAAACAGCAGCUGCGCCUGAAGCUUGCCACAGGCCGAACUUUUUACCUACAGCUGUGUCCCUCUUCUGACGCACGAGAAGACCUCUUUUGUUAUUGGGAAAAGCUUGUCUAUCUCCUGAGGCCACCAAUGACCAAUUGCAUCAGUAACUCAACGCUUCCCACUGGCGAGACAAGCGUUGACACCAAAAGCACACUUGUCUCAGAGAUCCGUGGAGAAGGGGAUCAGAAUUCUAGGCCUCAAUCAUCCCCAACUGUGUCAGAAGCCACUUCUGCUGCAUUUGCAGGAGGAGAGAGGACACAACCGGCUGCUGCAGCUGCUGUUACUCCAGUAUCUGCCAAAGCAAGGGCGGCAGGGACGGCAGGGGCAGCAGCAGGGACGGCAGGGGCAGCAGCAGGGACGGCAGGGCCAGCAGCAGGGCCAGCAGCAGGGACGGCAGGGCCAGCAGCAGGGACGGCAGGGGCAGCAGCAGGGACGGCAGGGGCAGCAGCAGGGACGGCAGGGGCAACAGCAGGGACGGCAGGAGCAACAGCAGGGAUGGCAGGAGCAACAGCAGGGACAGCAGCCGAGACAGCAGGGACAGCAGCCGAGACAGCAGGGGCAGCAAGGGCAGCAGGUGGCCCCAUGGCUGCAGCAGUAGCAGCCCCCUCAGCAGGUAUGACAAAAGCGGAGACAGCUACAAGUCCGACUUCAGGUGUCAUAAGCCUGGCAGCAACAACAACCAAGCCUCCAGGUUCAGGCCAGGUAGCCGCAGCCAUGAUAGGAUCAGCUGCCAAAGAUCAAGUAGGAGGUGAAUCCAGCAAGGCCAUGGCACUUGCUGCAAACAUCACCUUAGAAAAUGUAGACGUGGCCUUGGCAGGAGCUGCCAAUUCUAUUUCGGAGUCCCCUCCUGCAGGGGGUGAUGCUAGUGGCUCCCCAGACACCGGCCUGAACGUGGCAUUUGCAGGCAGCAUCAAGACCAAGUCGCCUGCUGAAGAUAAACCUGAAGCUCCCCUCGUGUCAACCUUGCAGAGCGAAGGCUACAUGUGUGAAAGGGAUGGGAGCCAGAAGGUUUCCCAAACUAGCUCUGAAGCAAAGGAAAAGAGAGAGCGACGAGAAAAGGACAGAACGAGUAGCAGGAAAAGUUCCCACCACCGCAGGACAGGCAUGAGUCGCCACAGUUCCAAGGACAAGAGCCGGAAAACAUCUUCCUACCGGUCUGUAUCUGGGAAAACGAGAGAGGACAAAGGGAAAGGGCAUGGCAGAUUAAGGGGCAAGAGACACAGCUCCUCUCACAAAAGUGAGUCCAGGACUGGUCACAAAACCAGGAAGAACCGAUCACCAGCUGGCUUGGGGUCUGUGAGUAAGAGAGCUACUAAGAUUACAUCAUUUUUCAGGAGUUUCCUAGUAAGGCCUACUCCAAAAGCAGGGGACACCUCAUGUGAUAGAGGAGGGGUAGACAUUGUGACAAAGUUGGUAGAGAAGAAGCAGGACAUAGAGGCCGUGAUGGAGAAAAGCAAGGAUUCAGAGUUCAAAGAUACCGUAAUCUCUGAGACAAUGGAGAAGAUCAUCCUUGAAACCAAAUCCAUUUAAAGAAGAUCCAGAGCUGGAAGCAGCCCCAGAGACCAGGGCUCAGAGGAACAGUAGGGAGCCAAGUCCAGCUUGCUUCCAUAAAGGCACUUUCAAUAAUAAAGGUUACGUAACUCCAAG